CAUUAUACAAGAAAAGUCAUAUACUGUAUCGUUAUCGCACUAAAAUGGAAUCAUCCGAAACAGCAACUAGUGAUUCCAGCCGGAACCGUUCGCUGUUCAUCGACCUGUCUUCGCUGUCCCGUUCAAAGGGUUUUCCAUUAUCGGAAAUGAAUUUCCCAAAAGAAAGCUCACUACAGCAAGCAUCCGACAAUCCGAAAGAUAGUGGCAAUGUAAGUGAGAACGAAAUCGAACUCACCGGUUACCGUCGGAUCCGUACUGUUGGGCAAGGUUCCUUCGGAAUUGCUGUCCUUUACGAGCGGUUACUGGACGGCCUGCCGGUCGUGAUGAAACAAAUAAAUCUCUUGGAUUUGACGAAACCAGAGCGCGAUCUUGCAAUGAACGAAGUGGAUGUGUUCUCAAAGCUGCACCACCCGAACAUUAUUGCCUACUUGGGAAGCUUUGUACGGGGUGAUUAUUUGUUCAUCGAGAUGGAGUUUGCCGAUGGAGGAACUCUUUCGCAAGUGCUGAUCGAAAAGAGCCACGGAGAACGCCUGCCGGAGCGAUUUAUCCUGAACAUUCUCGAUCAAAUUACCAGUGCGAUCAAUUACAUGCACUCGCAAAACAUUUUGCAUCGCGAUCUGAAGACAGCUAAUGUUUUUCUAAAUAAGAGGGGAAUCGUCAAGGUGGGAGACUUCGGAAUAUCCAAAAUCAUGAACACUAGGCUGCACGCACAGACUGUGCUGGGGACGCCGUAUUAUUUCAGUCCGGAAAUGUGUGAAGGUAAGCAAUAUGACGAAAAAAGCGAUAUCUGGGCCUUGGGAUGUGUUCUCGGAGAAAUGUGCUGCUUCAAAAAGACUUUCUCGGCCUCUAAUCUAUCGGAGCUUGUGUCGAAGAUAAUGACUGCCAAGUAUGCACCGCUGCCGGUGGGCUACUCGGACGCCUUGAAGCAUGUUUUGAAUCUGAUGCUGCAGAUCGACCCCCACGAUAGGCCAUCGGCUUCUGAGAUCCUUCAGUACUGGAUUCCGCUGGUUUAUAGAAGCUUGGGUAAAAAUAAUGGGUUUAAAUAUGUUUCAAAUGAUCAGUAUGACGAGAUCAUGGGUAGUGAUCAAUCAACAUCCGCUACCCUGGUGAUGGGAACGGAAACCCGCAAUUACAUGGAAGCAUCGACGGCUACGACAAAUAGUUUGCCUCUCGUGGAGCGAUCCGUUCUAUAUCAACUCAAGUCGUUUGGUUCUGCGGUCAGUUUGAAUCCAUUGCAGUUACCUCCGUCGGUCAGGAUUAGACAACUCGCUACGAGCGGAACUCACUUUGUUGCUGUAAUGUACGAUGGAUCGGUGUACUCAUGGGGUGAAGGAAACAAAGGUCAACUGGGGCACAACUCACUCGAAACAUGGCGCCAUUAUCCGUCUCGAGUCGAAGCUGUCAGAAAAUAUAAUGUGAUAGGAGCAUCUACCGGCCUUGGAUUCACCCUGUUGUGGACAGACUUGGGAGUCGUUUUAAGCUGCGGCGAUAACAGCGACGGAUGUCUAGGACAUGGUAAUCGAUCCUCAUUACUGAUUCCAAAAAUAAUCCAAAAGCUGAAUAACAUAAAGAUCGUUCAAAUUGCAUGCGGAACAAGUCACGUAGUGGCGCGUUCUACGGAAGGAAACCUUUUUACAUGGGGUACCAGUGCCGCUGGGGCUUUGGGUCUAGGAAAGCAACUGACAAGCAGCACCGAACCGCGAAGGUUAAUCAUUUCGCAAUUGAUACAAGAUAUCACAGACAUUAGCUGCGGCCCAGAUUGCACGUUAGUGUUGACGGAGGAGGGUUCAUGUUAUUGUUGUGGCAGUAACAGUCCAAACAAACUAGGUUUUGGGCAUAAAGUUACUCAGUUAGUUGGGUUACAGAAGGUUACUUUUACUACCCAGAGGAUAGUUGGAAUGAGUAGUGCACAAAACUGGGGGGCUUUCAUACUUGAGGGUGGGUACGUUGUGACCUGUGGUGACAACUACAGUGGACAGCGUGGACUGGGUCAUAAUAGACAACAUUUGCAACCUUCGCUGAUGCAAAGUUUGACUAAUAGGUUUAUUAUUACAGUAAAAUGUUAUUCAUCUUAUGGUAUAGCAACAACCGACGACAACUGCGUGGUAUUUUGGGGAACUAGGUUAGGAAUUCCAGAAACUGAUAUGACAAGCUCAGCAACAGAAUCUACCAGUAACAGGAUUUGCGACAAUAUUUCAAUUGGAAACAAUACGACUGCUUUCACCAAUUUCCUGAGUUCGGUUUAUAAAUACGAAACUGUGCUGGAUCCGAUUGAUAUCUUAGCGUUGUACUCUUCAAAGGAACAACAAGCGAAAGGAAGCUUCGUCAAACUGGUUGACAUUCAACCACUUCUUCAUAGUGUGUUGGUGGUUGUUGAUACUACGUGCCCUUUGAUUUGAAUCCACUAAACUCACUAUGUAUCUAAAGCGAUGAUGAAACUGUUUUUCACAGAAAAUAAAAGCAUUUAGUUUAUUAAUCAUGUAUGACAUAUGAA